GCGGUGUCUCACCGUCUGGCGGCACUUCUGCCGGGACUGCGGCGCGGGCAACUUGGGGAAGUCGCCCCGGGGCUCGCGUUCCCGCACCCCGCGUGGGCGCCUCCCGCAGGUGCCGCGCUGCGGGGCCGGUCCUGCCCCGGUCCGCGGGAGCGCCCGGGGGCCGCGGUGCAGAGGCAGAAAAUGCGCCCGUGGGAGCCUCUCCCUUCCCUGGGAGAGGGAUCUCUCGUGCCAUUCCCCGCGCUGCCUGCCGCGGGCAUCCCAGCAUCCCCGAACUUCGCGGGAGAGCCGCCUGCCCCACACCGUCCUAGGGGUUUGGUUUAGUGCUACUUUGCUUUUUCCACCCUGUGGGACCAGGGAAAAGCGCACAGGCGCUAUUCUUUAUUGCACAGUUCUAACAGGCCCGGGAGGUGACGGGGAGUGAAAUGUAAUGCAAUCAUUUUAUUAACCACUGACAACUCAGGGACACUGAAACUGUGCCCACGCAGGAUGAGGACCUUGUCUUUUAUCUCAUUCUUCUGCAAACUCUCGGGUUUUCAUUCAAAUGUCUCAGGCCUGAAACCAGAAGGGGUUGCAAAUCUGGCUCUAUUGCCAGUUGAGUUUUCUAUUUUUGAAUUUUCUAUUUUUGAAUUUUCUAUUAGGCAUGUGAAAAAGCAAAUUAACAGUGUUCUUGCAAACCUCAGAUAUGUAGCACCACUACUAGUAUUCUCCAGCUCAGGAGAAGCUUCCUUUGGUUUUCAUUUUAUUCUUUCAGCAGUAGGCUUACAUUAAGUACGUGAUGCCUCUCGAAGUGCAUGCUUAGUGCUGUUAGUUUCUGUAUUUUUGUUUACAUCCUUGAGAGAGAAAGCAAGAACUUGGGGCUCAGAGGUGACUUACCCUUGUAAAUUACAGUGAGUGGUUUGGCCUCGAAAGGCUGCAAAGAGCUGAACUCCUGGCCUACGAGUACUCCAUCACUAACAUUUGGGGCAACUUGUAGCACGUACCCAUCCACUGAGUGCAGAUCCUGCUCUGCUUUCUAGAUGUGAAAAUUAAAAUUCUAGUUUACUGAAUUCAGUUUUUGUCUCUACACAUAAUCUUAUCUUGGUAUUUGCUGUGUUCAUAAAUGUAGCUACUUAGGUUCCACUGUUUUCCUCCGUCACCUUGCCUUCUGCCUUCUUGUCCAUCAAGUCUUUUAUGCUGUCAGCUCUGUCUUCCCCAGCUUUUUCCUUUCUGGUCUCUCCGCGGUGGGUUAUCAAGGUUGGCAGAUGCUGUUACCUGGGCAGGCAGGGGGCCGGGAGAGGGCAGGCUGCACCUGGAGCUUCAGCCCCGCUUCCCAGCUCCCCAGACUUUCUAGGAAAUGAUCCUCUUCUGUGGGCUCGGGGCUGUGUUGGAGCACGCACUCUAAGCAGUUGUCCUACAAAUGUCCUGGCACGGUGUCCAGUUUGCCCUGGAUGUGCUGGAACGAGCGCCGGGCUCGGGUCGAGAGCUCAUUGUUUCCGUGCUGGCCGCACGCAGACACUGGAUGUGAGUGUUUUGAUGCUGGCAGUUAUGAAUCAUAUGCCUUUUGCAUACAGUUUUGAUCAAAGACCUAAAGAUGGAGCACUGGGGUUCUGAAUAGAAAACAUGCUUUAAAACACAUGCUGUGUGCACCUAUUUUCUCCUCAUUAUCUAAAUGACUGGUAUGGUUCACACUUGGUUGUGCCACAAUGUCUGACUUGGAUAUUAAAAAAAUAAAGGGCAACAAUGCUCAAAGCAAGUGGCAGGGUACUUAAGAACACUUUGUCUAGAGGUGAUUUGGCAAGGCUUCUUCAAGAUGACUUUAUGGCACUUGUGGUUUUGCUUAGCCUGCACACUGGGAAGGAGCCACCAGCCUUCGUCCGAAUACAAAACCUCACUCUUAAAUAUCCAUCUAUUGACUGCAGUGUGUGCUUGGUGGAAAAGUUAUGGGGAAAUUGUCUUUGUGCAGCCUUCUGCCUUAAAAACUUGGCACCUGUGUUAAAUUGGUAGGAAAAGUUACCAGUCUUGCCUAUGUUACCAGUCUUGAUUUCCAACUGAUUUUCUCAGGAAAAUCUCUGAGAAAUGGAAUUGUGUAAAGGAAGAUUUUUUCCCAUUGUGUUGUUUGCUCGUUAGAAUGCAAUUUAUGUAAUAUCCAAGCAAAGUUAGUAUCCUUCUCAGUCCAAGUUUCCCAUAGUUUGUGUAUGUCAAAUUGUUUUGCAACAGUUGGAGAAGCUGGCUGGUGUGAAUACAGUGGUUCCAUUAUAUCCACAUGUCUUGGGUUAAGCGCAUCUGAGGGGCCCUCCAAGGAUUUUUCAAAGCUUUCUCAGUCUUGCAUUUUAACAAAAAAUAGUAUUAAUUUCAAUGUGUCUUUGGUCUGUGAGUGGAAUGGUGAGCUUUAAUGCAUUUUGAGGAGUAUAUUUUUGAAAGGCUGCUAAAUGUUCAUCUGUGAUGUAGUACUUGAUCAUGGUUUUUGUACUUUUUAAACUUGCCCUGCUAACUACCCUUAUUUGAGCCUUUAUACUAAAUAGUUAUGCAAACCAGAUUUCGGAUACUUGGCAGAAGACAGUGCUUUUCAAACCUAUGUCUGAAAGUUGCCAUAUGAGGCUACAGUGCUUUUAUUUAUCUUGUUUUUAAUUUGUCUCAGUCCUGUGUAAAAGACUGAAAUGGGGGUCCCUAUUUUACUUUACUGAGUUAGACAUAAGUAGUGUGAGGAUUUGGUAAUUUGUGUCUGUGGGAAAAGAAACCUAAUCCUUUGAACCAGGUGUUUAACAUAUAUUUAGAUUUUUAUUAAGUGCUGUCAGAUACAUGCAAUAAGCACUAUCAUUUGGUAGAUAAAAUAACAUUGUACUGUACUAAAAGGUUUGCCACUGUACCUGCAUGUAAUUGAAUGGGAUUUGCCAACUUGGCAGGAAGAAACAAUUUUGAAUUGAGCAAUUUUGCAACUGAAAACACUUACUGUGCUAGAUCCCCUGACCAGCUACACCUGGAGCCUUCAUUAGUCAUAAGCAGUUUCCUGCAGUUGUUCCAUAUUUAAUUAAACCAGCUUAUAGAUACUUCUAAAGUAUCAGCUGUAUUGUCUGCACUGAUUUCAGCGUGCACUUGCAACCGUUCUGGCAGCUGCACCCCUUGCACAAGCUUUAUUCAUGAGGCACAACUCAAGUGGCAAAAGCACAGAAGAAUUAAGCUCCCUUCUGAGAAUGGGUUGAUUUUUAUGGAAGGGGCUUUAUCUUUGAAAAGUGUGCAACAGCUUUUUGUGAAAAUACUGUAAGCAUGCAGCUCAGUCUUGGGUUUCCUUAGUGCAGCCUGCUAGCGAUGGUGGAAGGGGCUCGUGGAUGUUGGGAGCCCAAAGGGAAGAAAAUGGGAUGCAAAUCUCUGCUUUGGGGCUGCUGAGGAUGAGAGGGAUGUGACAGCAGAGCAUCUGCUGCUGUGAUGUUGCGCUGACAGGCUGUUGUGCAUCACAGGGAUGCACUUGUGCUGCCCAGCUGUGGCCCCUGCCUUGGAAUGGGUGUUGAAGGCACUGUCUGUGGGUACGUGCUGCUCCUUUGUGCCUCCUGCUAGCCUUGGGUUUUCACUGCUGCCUGUUUUGCCAUAAAGCAGAAAUGCCAGGGCACUGUUACUGUCAGUUCAGUGAAAUACAGCUCUUGCCUGCUGGUGUGGGAUCAAAGCAUUUCUUCAGUCUGAAAUUUUGUGUGUUCUUUUAAAGAAAAGGUAUGUUUCUUUCAGCAUGAAGCUGUCAAAGGAACCAAACAUAUCGAUAGCUCAAAGUGUUGAGAUCUGUAGAAUGAAAAGAGAGUGUGUUUGGGGUCAGUGAGCAGUUUUAAUUCCAAGAAAAAGUUAAGCCAGAGAGGACAGUCCUGCGGAUCACCAGUGCAUCUCCUUACUUUCAUAUCUCUAGUGGGAAAUGUGGUAUUUUUUCUUCUCCUGGCAGUGUGGAGAGUGAGGCUGGGUCCUCCAUGGGCUGAUCAGCUGAAUGUGCUCAAACCUGUUUUUUCUUGCUUUUUCCUCCCUUGUCACCUCCUGGUGAUUCAUGCUGAGCUCCACCAGGUUAAAAGGUGUAAGAAGCAAAAAGUAAUUACAAUGUGUGCCUAAACUCUGUAAUCCCUGUUGGCUACUGAAGCUAGGAAAGGCAUCCAGGAGCUGCUCUGCUCCAUGCUAAGGGUUAUAAAAACUGGGAUUAGUUAUAACUAGAAGCAAAGCAGCAGCAACUCUAAUGCUGGGAAACACCUUGGGAAUCAUACAGGAAAGAAAACCCAGGAGGCUUUACUCCACUUUCUCUAAGGUUCAUCCAUCAAUUAUUUCCCCCAGCCUUUUCCAAAUGCUUCCCCAAAGUAAGACCAGUGCAGAAUUCACCUUGUGUGUCAUAUAAGAGCUUGAGAUUCUUUCUGUUUUGGAAAUGAGAGCUUUCUUUUGAAGUGUAUCUGCCCCUGGAAUGUUUAGAUUGUGCAGGUGGAUUCCCAGCACUGUUUUGCUAAAAACAAGCACACAGCCUGGACCUACCCUGUGCUGAGCAUCUGUGUGGGAGGUUCAGGACAAGUGAGUUUCUGGAUGGAGCACAGCUUUCAGUGCAGCACAGUGGUAAAGCUCAGCUUUGCACAGGGGUGGCAGAAGGUGUGCUUUGAAGGAGGGAGCCUCUUCUGUGGAUGAGGAACUGGGCUACUGCGGGAAGAGUCACUGUAGUCCCUGGGAGUUCACUCUACAGAGCUGCAUUUAAGUGUCAAAUGAGCUGUUAAGCUCCAUUAAACAAGUGAGUUUUCAAGAAAAAAAGGAACUAUCCCACCACUGGUUUAUCCUUUUUGUUUCAAUCAGUGAAUAUAUAGGUUCCAUAUAUAUAUAGGCACAAUCAAAUGGUACCUAUUUAAAUAUAUUCCACUCUAAGUAUCUUGUUGAUGUGAACCUGUGGCCUCAGUAAUUUAAUCUGAACACAGGAAGUGAGGGAAAACUGGUUUUCAGAAAAAAUUUACAGACCUGAGAAGUGCAAAGAAGCUUAAUGUGAGCUAAUCAUUUGUGUGUUAAACUUCAGUCCAGAAUGAAUCAGUCUCUGGAAACUGAGUCUCACUUUAGUACACCAGGCUCAGUGGAACUGCUGAGUUAAGGUACUCUGCAUUGUGAAUAAAAUUAAUAGCAUCAAGCUAUUAUGUGACCAAAAAUGAUGUAUUUCUUGGAGAAUGGGUCCAUAGUUCUGACUUGGCUGUUAAAUACAGUUUUACUUAUUAUCAGGAGCUUAAUCAUGCUGUAAUAUGGCUUUAAUAACAAUUGAGAAGGAGAAUGGAGACAACUCAUCAUUUGGUAAUGGCAAAGGGGGGAGACAAUUCAUCUGCAGCUGGAAGGUGCAUAAUCAUUUUUGCAAAGUCUUAGCACUUAACAAGGCACACAUUAAUAAAACAAACAAAUCUUUGCAGCAAGAGAAGUAAUGUAUGCAUCAUUUAAGGGGAGUAUUAGAGCCAGAUUAGACUGUUGGUCUCAUGCAGCAGUUACCUUGUUAAGCAUCUUCUCUGCAGGAAUGUGUUAUAUGAGAUGGAUCAGAAGCCUUUUCCAGGCCACUGGUGUAUUUUCUGUUGUGUUUUUUAUUCCUCAAUGUGUGAUGGGAUUUUGCAGAUGUUCCCUUUGAAACAGAAGUGUUUUAAUUUUUUAGCAAGAGAAGACCAGCUGUUGUACAGGGGAUGUACAAAUCCCAUUUACUUCCUGUCAGCUAUUGCAAAAUGAGUACAUUUUGGUGUAAAAGGCCCUCAUUACCUGCCACAUACUUUGGUUCUAUUCCGAAACAUUUUUCAAAAUAUUUCUUCCUUUCAGCAUUGGAAGUCCAUGAUCUGUGAUAUGGCAUCUAAUUAGUGUUUGCUGAAGGGCCAGUAGUACAAUGGAAGCAUGAAGUGAUCUUAAUUUGUAGCAAUUGUCAAAUUAUAUAACCUCAAGGAUUAAUUUUAAUCAAAUACUUCCUGAUUUUUCUUUAUAGUGUUGAAAUUAGAUCUGGCACUUCACUGAAGCUUUUGCAGUGACUCUUUAAUUGGAAUACAAUGUCCUGUAUUUUUUUCUUUUGGCUUAGGCUGAUGGGAUGUCUGAUUUGGGCAGGGGCAUCCCUGCUCAGAGGGCACGUGGGUUCUGGUGUGUAUGACUGGAGUUUGAGGACUGGCAGUUCCAAGUGUUUGAGUCUGAUUUUUAGACUUGGAACCUCAGUCCUUCAUUUUUUUAAAGUAAUGAUAGACCUUUGAUGCUGUUCCACAGACGACAUGUUGAAUGGGAGACAGCUCUGUGGGACAAGGGAAAGUUGAAGUCUUGGUUGCCUGCUCUCAUCAGUAACCUCCUGACAUCUUUAGCAAAGUGUUUAGGGCCACAUAGCCAAGGUGACAGGUAGUUUUGGGUUUUUCAAUUAUCGCUACUCCAGACUAGUCCUCUUUGGUCUGAUAAUUGUGGUUUUUAUCUCUUUCCUCCAGAAGAGCCAAGCCCUGGCAGGUCACAACUUUAUUCUUCCCUUUCACACUUGGUGCUGCUGAUUAGGGCUGUUUCCUUUUGUGGGUGUUUGGGUGUUUCCUUUUUAAGCUUGGGUUGAAUCUCACAGACACGUGGGGUCCGAGGCCUUGUCAUGAGCAGAGUUGAGUGUCUCCAGAAGGCAGUUCAGCUCAUUUGAGGUGUGCAUCUGUGCAGAAGCCUGUGCCUCUUUGCCAGCAAGGCAGGGGCCAUGGCAGUGGUGCUCAGGUACCUGCCAUGCGUGUAGGAAUCCAUUUCUCUGGAUGCCAGGUCUGGUGUUUGUCUUCCCCAGUCUGCAAAGUGUGCUUGAUUGCUUAAUUAAUGUCCCAUCCUUCAUGGAAGCAGUGUGGGUUUGAAGUGAUCUGUUCUUGUGAUGCAGUUGAGAUCUCAGCAAGGGCCAGGAGCUUGUCAGCUGCCAUGCAUUGGUAUAACUCCAUUAAAGUCAGUACAGACCAGCUGGGGAUGCUGGACCCACAAAUGUAAUUAUUGUUAUAAUGAGAGCAUCAAACAAGUAAUCAUUAUUUUUACUCUCUCUUUUCAUUUCAAAAUGAGAAAAUUAUUUCCUCUUGGAUCACUGAAAGUAAUUUACAUUAUGCACAAUAAUGGUCUACAUGAAAAUAUAAUUAUUAUUCAUUUGUAUGGCACCAUCUGGGCACUAGAAGCUUCACAGACACAUGUGAGGAAAGGUCCCUGUCUUGAAGAGUUUACAGGCUGAAUAGCAAGUUAGAGCUGCUAGCAGUUAAGCAGAAUCACAAAUGGAACUUUUCAGCAUUACCAUCAGGGACCUGUGUAGCACAGGACUUCCACAAACCCUGCUUCAGGGAUUCCUACUCAGAACUUCCCUGUGAUUGGCACUAUACAGCCUGGGGCUGGGAUAAGUUCAAGGAUUGAUUAGCAUGGAUGGAUCAAGAAAGAACACAGCAAGAGGCUAGUAUUAUAAAUUGGCUGCCCAGCUAGUUUUGGGCAAGUAAAGGAUAUUUCCAGGCUUCACUUGGAAGCACAAAAUGGUUUUCAUGCCUUGUGGACCUGUACUUCCUAUGGAGUAAUUCCCAAGCUUUACAACAAAUACAGGACUGAGCGCUUUACUGAGUGAGGAUGCUCUGGAAGUGGAGAGACCAGGCUUUUAUAACUGUGUGGAUAUAAAAAUUGAGCAACGUGUAGCAUUACCUAAACAUAUAUACAGUGUAACCUUGCUGAGUACUGAAAGGGUCAGCACAGGACACUGAAAUCAUAUGACUUCUUAUUUUUAGAGAUGAUUAGAGAAUUCCUCCAAGGGACAAACUAUUUAUAACACAUUUAUAAUAUGCUGCUUUUUUAUGAUGAAAUUAAACCAAUAAAUGAAUACCAGUUAAUUAAAAAAGUUAGCUAAAAAAGAUUUCACACUAGUGUGUAGUUGACUCUGAGGUCAGAUCGUGAAUGCUUCCCACAUAUAUUUUGUUUUCAAGCUACUGUUCUGUUGCUGUUCUAUUAUUAGAGAGUAAGUGGGAUGCUUAUUUAAAACAAUUCUACAAAGCUGAAUGACACUGCAAACUUCAGUUUAACUUGGAUUUGGUUGAAUGAGUCAUGGACACUCAUUUCUGCCUCAUGCUGCAGCCUUUGCUUGCCCUUCAGAUGUACUUUUUGGUUCAGUUAGGAUGGUGAAAUCUGAGUAUUUUUCUUCAAGCUGAUGCUAUUCGCUGACUUUUUGUGGUGGUCAGUUUUGGAUUUCAUGCUGUCUGAAUUUCUGAGACAUAUCUCAUUUUGUUCUUAAAACUCAACCUGUUUCUAGUUAUCUUUGUUCUUUAUAAUUGCAUUCUUUCUGCUUCGGGAGCACACACGGUUCAGUUAAAGUGUCUUCUUUCAAAGAAAAAGCGUGUGGGGUUGUGACUGUAUUGACUAAAGUGAAGCAAGCUCCCUGAAACUACAUCCAGCCUGUUCACCCUUACUUGGGAGAGACACAGUGAACCUGAAAAAUGACAUUUCCAGGGGAACUUUUUUGUUCUUUAGAAUUGCACCACUGCAUGUCACAGAGGCAAGUAGAGUCCUACAGUUCUGCCUGUGAACUCAGUGGGGUGACAACUGACACCCACAAUGAGGAGUCCCACGGUUGCCAUUAGUUAUUUAAGGAACUUUUUUCUCUGUGUGCCUGGAGCUCCAAAUAAAUAAAUGGCCAUCUCUAAUUAUGAAAAUGUAAACUGGAGUUCUCUGUGGAAGUGGAGUGUUACCAGAGAUCUGGAUUGGAAUCAUCUUGAACAGGCAUGUAAAUAAGAAAUAAUCUAUUAUCAAGCUAAUCCUGCCUUGUAGAAAAGAAUAAUGUCAUGAAAACUAGCAACUUGUCAGCAGAGAUCCACAUUUGGCUAGCUGGGGAUACAUCUUGGCACCUAACUGUAUUGACUUAGAUGUUUACAGGCUUGCUUAUGCUCUUAAAACUUGCUGUGGGUGCCUGACAGCUGUUCAAAUAUGUAAAUAAGAAUUUAGGUGGCUACUGUAUGGCAUGUAAGUUCAGCAACUUGGUCCACAGUGUGUAAAACCAAGGAAACAAACAGAAGAGGAGUGAGUGUAGUAAACAAAGCUGUUAGUGUGUAUGCACUACGAGAAUAAUAAUACUUUGCACAGCUACUGUGUCUCAAACUGCUUACAUUUUGGCAUUCACUGGAAUUGAGUUUAGUCACUCAGUGGCAGAAAUAGAAACUUGGAGGUGCUGCCUGCUAGCAGAGUACAUGGAGCAGCACCUCAGCAAUGAGCUGCCUUUUUGGCAGUCUUACAACAAAAGACGUGAAAGUCUUCAGCGCAAUAUUUUGAUAAGUCAUUGAUACUUAUUAAAAUAAUAAUUAUGACAAUAAUUAUAGCUGUAGCUGGCUCUGACUGAGCUGCUAACUGAGUAGAGGACAGGGGGAGGAGGGUUAUGAAUAUUCUUGUGAAGCCAUCUGAGUGCUGCUCCUCAGCUCUGUGCACGCUAAUGAGGAUGUUUGUGUGUAUUUGUGCUGGUCCUGUGCAGUGCAUGGCAGUGCCCGUGUGCUGGGUGGGUCCCCCCAGGAGAGAGCUGGAGAUUCCUGUGCAGUCUGUCCUGCAGGCAGCUCAUCACCCCUGUGUUCAUGUUCCUAAUAACAGAUAUGAUCAAAUGGGUGACAGUGUUUUACAGCAGUACAGUGAUAAAAAGGUGCAAUAAGCUCCUGGCCAUCUGGCUUUCUGUAGUCAGCUCUGUGAUGUUUGCUGUGUCUCACCUUCACAGCAAGACCACAUCAUCCCAUCCCCAAAGCCCGGGUCAGGCCUCAGUGAUACUGAAACCAAAGGAAAGCUGGGUAGGUGUUGCAGGUAGCACUGAAGCUGUGAUGACACUGUCCUGAGCCUUUCUAAUCUAAUUCAGUAUGAAACAUGUACACUGGCCAGGCUGCCACCACACGACCUCCUGUGCUGAGUGACUGCAAGUGAUUAAUGACUGUUUAUUAGGAGAAGAUGGUCACAAACCUGCUUGCUUCAUGACAGUGUAAACAGAGAUUUCUGCUCCUCACCCUCAACCCCCAGUUAAAAAAUAGUGUUUUUUUUUCUUUGCUUUCUUUUGAAGUUGUUUUUUUUCAUCCCUGGAUGUCUAAGAAAAGCAGACUGCACUGGCCUUUUCCUGUCCUCCUGUGUGAAGCUGCAGUGGGCAUCUAGAGUGUGAGUUUAAGGCUGCUUGCUCCCCUUGGUUAGGGCUUCAGUGAAAUGUGACAUGAAAUGGGCAGGAGGAUGAGCUCGUACUGCAGGACAAGCUCCUGUGUGGGGAAGAACAAAAAGUUGGGUCAGCUGCAAGACUCCAUGGGACCUCUGAGAACACAGCUAGUUUAAAAGUUGGAUAACUAUAAAUGCAUUUAUUGUGCUUUGAGAGGACAGGAAUUUUCCAGAAGCGAAUCUCAUAACAAAUAGCCAUUUUAAAAGGUAGCUGAUGCAGAGAAAGAACCAGGUUAAUUUGGAAUUUUGGGUAGGUUUGUGUAGCCUAGGACAGUAAUUCUACAGGUGCUGUGGGAUCCACGGGUUUAAGCAUGUAUUUCAUACAGCAAAAUUUGACCUAAAGGUAUUUUAUGUGAAAGUUGUUGUAGGGUUUGUUUGCCAUUAUGCAACCAAAUAUAUAAGUUAAAAGAUUUCAGACAAAUUUGAUGCAGUUAUUCAAAGUGGUUUGGGGUUUGUCCAUUUUAGUACCAUCACUAGUCUGAAUAAUGGUCUCCCAGAAUGUUAUCAAUAGCUUUUUCUGUAGUUGGAGUUCUUCAGGGGAUUUUCACUUUCUAGUUGCACUGAUGUAAAUUUACAGUAAUUCCCAUAUUGAGGACAAUGAAUGAAUAACUGGAAGGGGAAAAAAAAGGAUCUUGCAGGCCAAAUGGUUGAUCAAAAUCUCAAUUUUUUGGACAAUGUGGACAGCUCAGCAACUGCUGGAGCAUUUUGCUGCUUUUGAAGUGUCAGUGUAACUUUGCAGAGCAUAUUCAGCAGUCAUGCCCUGUGCUCCAGAUGCUCCCUGUUUGUGGACUGGUGUCACCUGGAAGGGAUAAGUGAAAGGAAGCCCUUGAAUUUCAUACUCCCCUGGAUUCAGCCUCAGGGGUGUGUUUGCAGUUUAGUUACCAGAACUAGCCCAGCUUUGCUCUAAAUUCUGCCACCUAAGCUUCACUGCUUUCAAGCCUUGGGUAGGCAAUGAACGAGGUGCUGUGCGUUUUGUUUGCUUGUAAAUGUUUGUAUGCUAUUCUUGGUUUUAACACAGCCUCCUGUACUCACUUCCUCCUCGUCCUUGGACAAUUCCCUCCUGUUUCUGGGGCUGUUGUCAGUGGCUGCAGAGGCUGCUCCAGGCUCCAGCUGGGAGUCACUGGGAGUUAAGGCAGUGACUUCAGCAGCUCAGCUGGGGCUGUGCUGGUAAGAAGUGGAUUAAGGUAACUGGUGAGGAAAGUGCUUCAGGUUUCUAUUCCACACUUGGUAAAUAGUAACUCCAUUAUGAAAUACUGUUUCACUGUUGAAUAAACUGGUUUGGGUUUUUUUUUUUUUUCUUGCUUGCUGUCAUUGGUAAAUUGCUGUCUUCCUAACUUGUGUUGUCCAGUUUGAAAUACUGUUUCCUGUUGGCUUAAAAUAAACCCUUCUGCAGCAUUUUCCUGUUUUAUGUUGCCUACAGAGAGCAAAAUGUAUCCUUAAAGGUUUAAAUCUGUUGCUACGGUUAGGAUGGUAGUUUCGUAGCAACACAGAGAUACCACAGGUGUUACAAUCAUCUCUUUAGUAGAGAGUUGGUGGUUUGGUGGUUUCUGUGUUUCUCCCCUUCCUGUUUACUAGAGUAAAAGGUGUUCAAGACUCGAUUUUGCAGCUCUCAUGCAAACAGAGGCGUGCAUGCAUACCUGUAUUCCAUAGUGGUCAAAUAUUUGUGGUCAAAUGUAAGCAAGAGUUACUCAGGCUAGAAUUUUCCAGACUGAAUGUUGCUUAGAAAGAUCUUGCUGUGCAGCAUGCAGUUUAAAUGACUCUAGGAUGUAGCAAGUCAUCACUUCAUCAAGUUUGUGCUCUUUCAGUAGCAGAUUCUUUUAGAACAUCUUCAUGUUUAGGGUUGGUUCUACCUUUGAUCAUUGUCCUGUGUAAGAAUGAUGUGUGAGAGAUUUUUGUACAGAAUUGAUUUUGAGACACCUUUGUCAGCUAAAUUCCACCUUUUUCAGUGUUCUCGGUUGUUUGCUAUAGGAUGAAGAUGCAGAUGUGUAAGAGCUCGAGUAAAACAGCACACUGAGAAUAACCUGUGGUUCUUCAGAGCCACAGUGUCUUCAUUAGCACAUAGAGUGCAGAUGUGGAUAAAAAAUCAGUCAAGAAUAAUCUUGUGAAUAUGAUUGUGUUAGGGUGGGUUUUUUAUGCAGCCUUUGUAUUUUCAUUGAAAUUGUUAAAGUGAAAAGGGUCUUAAACAUAAAGAUUGUUAUGUUGUCCUAAAGUGUUCCAGGAUGCUAGGAAAAAAAAUGAUAGUAAUACUUCUUUAAGUGGGUUUUAUAAAUAUAGCUUCUGUAAAACUAAUGUAUAAUGUUCUUUUCUGUUCUGUGUUCUGAAUGGAAUUACCUGUGAUAGGAGAGAUUGGUGGUGCUGGGCAGUUACAGCUUGAGUUCCUGCGUAUUUCUCUUGGCAGUGGUGGAAUUAUUUAAUGAUCACUCUCCAUUUUCAGUGGUUUUAUGUGUGCUGAAACCUAAAAUUCAGGAUUUUUUUAAGGGCUCUUCAUAUUCUGCUGGCCAUGUUUGGUCUCAGUGAAAGUUGUGGAAAGUUAAUAAUUUAAUUCCAUGCUGAAUUAGUACAGAUGCUCAUGCAGGAAGACUGUGCUGAGUUUUGCAUUGUGGCAAUACUAUGUUGAUGGCAGGUGUGCUGAAUCCAUCUCUGUUGCAUUAUGCUUUAGCUCUGAUUCUCUCAGUCAGCUUUUUACAGGGCAUGAGCUUCAGUGUGUGACUGGUGAACUUCCUUAGGCCAGAUUUGAAGGGAAUGGAUGGGGUUUCUGAAUGGGUUUAAAAUGCCUGCUUUGUAUUCAAGUGGAUUACCUGUGUUAGAAUUUAAUUUAAAUGUAUUGAUCCCCACCUAAGGAAUUAUACAAAUUACCCAUAAGUGAUGAUCAGCCCAGGCAUCUGCCAGUGUGAGAUUAAACUGCAAACAUUUACGGUGAAGUUUGUGUUUAUGCAAACAUUAAUGUUGUUAUCUUGUAUUCAGAUCAGCUUGUACAGUGUGCCAGUGCCAAGGGCUGGUUUAUGGUGAUUUUAACAGUUGGCCUCAGUGAUCUUACUGUCAUUUCCAACCUAAAUGAUGCCAGGAUUGUAGGAACUGAACUUUGAUGAAAAAUAAAACAAAGCCUCAGGGUCCAGAAGAAAGGUGCUCUGUCUGUGUGGCAGCAAGUGGAUGUAGAUUCACCUCCCGGCUUUACAAAUGCUGCUUGUGUGGCCUCUCCUGGAGGAGGAAAACACAGGCUGGCUGUCUCUGCUUCCCAGUCAAACAGAAGCACUGAGUCACUGCACAGGGACCAGGUUGGUGUGUACCAGUGCCUGGCAGACAGCAAACACAUGGACUGAAGCUGCUCUGAGGAGUGAUGUUUGCCACACAUCCGUGUCUGUUUGUUGUUUGGGGUUGUUUUAGUGACAGGGGGACUGUCCUGGAUAGAGCAGUCACCCAAAGGAGCUGCAAGGUUUAAAGGGCAUUCAUGACUUGGUAAGUGACUCACUGAGGAAUGCAGAAAAAAAGGUGCAUUUGAAGAAAAGCAUGAGAUGGUUUUUUUGCUGCAAUAUCUGUUGGGGAUUGCUGUGGCUAAGGAGAUGGCAUAAAUGUACUUUGCUGUGACAGAUUCUUAUUCCAAUACCAGUGCAAGAAGUGGCUGUUGCCUACAGCUUCUGAGUGUAAGUCAUGUGCCUGGCAUCAUCUUGUGCAGGAUUCCAGCAGUAGGCGAGCUCUUUUCUCUGUUUCAGUUUCAGAGUCUUGAACUUGUUUGAGCCAAACCUGAACCCAUCAGUUAAAAAACAGUUGCCAGCCCUUGAGGUGCUCAGGUGGGUUGUGCAGGCACCUUUCCUGCCCCAAGAGAAGAGACCCUUCUACUUCAGCUGUCUGAAACACCCUGAUUUUGGGUGGGAUGGGUGGUCCAGGUCUGGACAGUGAUGGUUAGAUUUUGUUACCAGUGCUGCAGGCUGGGGUUUUGCCUGGUUCACUUUGCAGCAGCUGGUUCUGUUUUGGAGCAGUUGGUGGAGGGAACUCAUUUUAUCUUUUCUGCUACAUCAGUAAUCAGGAUCAUUUUUCUGUGAGCUGCACACAUCUGUGGCCCCAAACCUGUCUCAGCCUGGAGGAAGCCAGUGAAAGGUAACAUUUCCCACAGCUCAGUGCUCACUUGCCACCAGAGGAAGCAGAUUUUGCUGCUUCAAUUCUAUGCAUUUUAUUUUUCAGGAUUCGAUGCAGAUAUUUAUGAAGUCAUUUGGUUUGCACCUACCAGCAUAAAUAAAAGUAUCUUCUGAACAUACCUAGUUGCAAGCCUAAUAUUUCUUUUAAGAUUACCAAUCUCCUUUAGUGUGUGUAUGAAGGGGGAAAAAAACCAGCAAACCCCCAAGCCUUUGGCCUUCCAGCUGCUGACUGUGAGCAUAAGUCCUUGAGAAGAAGCUUUUCUAUUAUCCCUAAUGCUCCAAAGCUUGCUGAAUAAACAAGAUGAACACAGAUGUUUCCUUGCUGGUGAUACAGUUCAUACAGAAGAUGCUACUCGAGGCAUUGCUCAGCUGCAAACUUCUGUGUGCAGAAAUCUGCGGACCAAACAAUUCAGUCCUACCCAAGGAAACUUCCUGCAAUGUUGAACAGGCUUGCUGAGUAAUACCUUUUGUGUUAACAAUUUAUUAACCACUUAAUGAAUUACCCAGGUGUGUUUAAAUUAGCCAAGAGCUCAUUUCUUGCCACAUGGAAGUGCUGUGAGGAUGCUGCAAAUGCUGAGGUGAAGUCCCAUCCUUGGAGGAAUGACCACAUGAACAGACAUUUGCCUGCCAUUCUGGGGGGCAGUUAUGUGGCUCAUAGUUGAGCAAAACCAGAAUCAAAAGAAUCAAAAUUAGUAUUGUACAGAAAUCCUUCACAGCUGUUCUAAUUCUGGGUAAACUCCGACUAUGCUGGUUUUAACAAUUUUAUAAGAAACUUUCUGCACAUGAUGAAAAAGGAAUAACUAUGAGUUGGUUGCAUGUUGUGACAAAGCAACUCUUUGCUAUUACUCUGGUCAAGUUGCCUCCCUGCUUGCUUUUUUUUUUUAAAUUAUUUUCCUUGUUUAGACAAUUUUUUUUGAGAGUAAGAUCUUUAGGCUUAUAGAACAGAGUUUGACAAUGUAGCUGUGAAGAAGCCAGAAACAAUGUUCAGGUCUUCAGUGAAGCUGUGCCACAGCAGUGCAUGUGCCCUGGGAGCAGAGGGUGCCUGCAGGAUGCCCUGCUCUUAGACAGCUCUCACAGUUUGCCUACAGACAAGGUCCUGGUUGUAGAGGGGAGCAGGAGCAGGUUAAGGCUUUAGGGCAAGCUGGAGGAAUCACCACUUUGGCUCUGUCUGUUGCUGCAGGACCUGCUGUUGUGUUAAAAAAAUGAAAAAGAAACACUUGGCAUAUGUUUGAGAGGACUUGUGUUUUAAUAAUGAUUUCAGACUAUGCAUUUCAUGGAUUUUUAGAGGUAUCAGUUGCUACUGGAAGGUAACUUUAGGCACUUAGCUUAUGAGAAGUUUGAAGCAACUUGUGGAGGAUUAAAUUAUUUUAAAGCAGCUGAUUUCUUUUACUAUGCUACUAACUCCUGACGUCCUGGUUGCUGUGCUUAUCCUCCAAUCCCUUUUUGUUGGAAGCUGGCUGGUUCGUUGCCCCAGCAGGCUGAGGUGCAGUUGCUGUUAGCCCCAGGCUGGCAGUGGCCCCUGGAGGCUCAGCUCCUGUUCUGUCCCUGCCCGGGGCUGAUUGCAGGAGGCUGCGCCUUCAGCCACCCCUAAGCCCGCACAACGUGGCUGUCCCCCCUGCAGGACAGCUUGUCACUGGGGCAGAGAUGAACUCUCUGUUUGGAUUCUCCCUUAGCAUGCCAUGGAAAUUUGCUUUCAUGUCCACGUCUGUGCUCCUCUUUGCUCACACCUUUCUUCCUUCUAAAGAUCAGAUUUUCCUGUUCUCCAUUUCAAUUUUAUUCUCACUGAUGUGUAUCUCUACUUCUGUUCUUCCAUCCCUUUUCUGAACAAAGAUAAUUUAUUGUUUCUGAGCAUUUGAGUAACAGUUUUGUCACCUUUUUGCUGAGAUAGACCAACUUUGAUCAAUAGCAAAAGAAAGUACUUGUAGAAAUUCACACUGUGCACUUGCAUACUCUGUAGAGUGUCUUUGUAGCUGGUGCUUAGCAUAAUGCCUCUGGAAACAUAUUUCUGACAUGUAGCUUUUAUUUGUGCAGCAAGGGACCCUGGCAAAUGCUUCAUGUUUGAUACGAACUCACAGUCCUUUCAGAUAUUGAAUAAUAUGAAUGAGGGGUUUUCAACAUCUUCUCAAAGAGCACUGCAGUUUGUGCCCUUCAAUGAUGGCAUAAUAUGGUGUGGAGUAAUGGGAAGGCUGCAAACAGUGUUUGAAAUACUAUAAACUGUAUCAACAGUAAAAGCAAUUAAAUGUGGAAGGAAUUUCUUAGGAAACCUGUGAAUUUUCUAAUGCUGAAGUCUCUUAAAUGAAGACUAGAGUCUCUAGGGGAACUGGAAGUUAGUGCAGGUGUCACAGGGUAAUGUUCUGGCCUUAGUAGGACAUGUCUGUGCUUGUGGUGUGUUGGGAUAUCAAAGGGCAGAUGGGUAGUGGAGCUCAGGGUGAAGGUGCAGUACUGUUCUUGAUAGAUUGGUGUGUGAUUCAUCCACAUCACUGUGCUGGAGCUUUACGUGGUGCUAGUGUUUCUGUUAGCUGGGCUCAAGGACAUGGUGCUUGAUAUUUCUAGUUUCUAUCUUUUCAAGGUCUCUUAUGAGUUAAAAUAAAAUGGCAACAUCCAUUAUCCUUUAAUAUGUAGCAUUGAAUAUGUAGUGAAUUCUCAACUCCUCUGAAGUUGGUGGAAAAAUUCCCAAUCACAGAAUCACAGAAUCAACUAGGUUGGAAAAGACCUUUGACAUCAUCAAGUCUGACCUAUUACUUUGAAGGAGUUAAGACUUACCUUAAGGCUUGUUGUCCUUUGAGUUACAAAGUCCUGGCAGAGCUGUAAGACCUGAAAUAUUCAGUAGUGAUUGGUAGUGACUGACUGCAGUCAAAGUCACCUGGAGCUUUUCACCAAGUUGACAUUUCGUUCUCUAAGCUCAGGUCAAUGUUUCCUUUAACAUUUCUUACUUGAAAUCAAGUUCACCUUUGGUUCACAUCACCAAAGAGGCAAAGCAAGCUCUGCCCUAAGCUGAGGCAGUGCAGUGUGCUCUGACAUUUAUACUGUGGCACGGGGACCAACAUCCUGAGCUGAUGUUUAGGCUGCAUUUGCCAAUGCAAAGCAUUUAUGGAUUUUUCUCCCAGCUUAUGAAACACACUUGUCUCAAAUAUGAUAUAAACAAAUGCACUUAGAAUAAAUGCUCCCUUAUGCCCCAUUUGUUGACAAAUCAGCCACCCUUAGUUAAACAUAUCAAUGUACAUAUAUGUAUAUAUGUACAUACACAUAUUUGUGUGCAUAUAUAUGCAUAUCUCUAUGGUGGAGGAGAUUUCUUGCUAUGUGAAGCUGGAGAUCAAAGGGUGAAUGCUCUUCCUGAAAGGCAGUAGGGUGUCAGCCCUUCCCAGCUACUGUAUAAAAAGAUUGAUGUAGGACUUUGAUGCUGCAUGAAGCAGCUUUAGAUUCCCAGUGAACGUUGUUUUGUUGCUUAGAGGAAGACAAGGAUAUGUGGAGAGGGAAUCUUGAGGAAAGAGAACUUCAACAAACAACUAGAUGAAAUCUGUAUUCAUACACAGCUCAGGUGUUUGGAGAUACAGGCUGUGCACAGAGUUGUGCUGCUGUGACAAACCAGCUUUUUAUUCCUAACAAAAUUGUUGCUAUUAGUGUUUUGCAGCAUAUCCAAAAGCUCUUGUCACAUUUGAUUUCAGGUUAAAGCUGUGUAAAGCCUUCAGGUUUUUUUUAAAGGAACUUUAAAUUUUUUACUCUGUUAGUUGGGAAGUGGUGUCUGCCUCCUACUUUUGUGGGUUUUUUUUUCCUUUUUGAAACUUUUCUCUUUGGUAUUUAUAGCAAAAACUGCUAACUAAGUUUUGUUUCAUGCUCACUGCAUGACAAAAUAACUGGCACAAUUUUUUCUUUUAUUGCUGGAAGAGAAAGCACAAUAAAGUAAAGAUUUGGAAAGGGAAGUAGUCUGUCUCUAUCUAAAACAAAUGUUGAUAAUCUGGUGACCUUUCUAACAGCAUAAAGGUGUGAUAUCUUGUAUUUAUUUGUAGUCUCCUUGGUUAUAGAGGCUGUAGUGGGAUCCUGCCCAUCUUUUGCCAAUUUCUGUGGGUUUCCCCCCAUUGUUUAUGUUUGUAUCAUCAGGAGUUUGGAGCAUAAACAGUUCAGUUUCUGCAAAGCAAAAUGAGCCCUCGCUGGUCUGCUGAAGUUAUCAGCAAAAUAGAUGAUAAAGAGGUGAGGAAUUAUGAGUCUGCAGAGUAGUUAUGAGCCAUUCCAUUCCAGAGCUGUUGACAGGACACUGCUAGAGAAAGUUGUGAGAAAGAGAUGAGCAGCAUCCUGCCAUGAUUGGGCAUUGCCUGAAAGAUUAGAAAUAAAUAUUCAAAAUAAAUUACCCAUUUUUAUUGUUGCAAUGCAUUUGUUGAGAGUUUCCUCUGAGGUUCUAAAGCCUGGAAUAAGAUUGGUAAUGCUUCUUUGUGUCACGGAGAUGAUAGCUUUGUUUUAAAAUCUGUAUUAAAAAUCUCUUUGUCAAAUAAAUAGUUGAUCCUCCUUUCUUGGCUUGCUUUUAUUCCUCUACUUUUAAGAGAUCUGAAGAGGUGUUUUCCCUGGGUGUAUGAGUUGCUUCUCAGUAGCAGACAGGGCAUGUCAUCAUGAAGAAAGGAUUGUGUGUCCUCUUGGUCAGGAGUGAUUGGAGCAUCUCAUGGUUGAGUGAUAUGUAACAGAACCAUGUAACCCCAGCUGAGGUAACAACUUAUCACAAGUACCACCUUGGAUGGAGGAGUGAUGCCUGUUAAAACCUUGCAGGAGCUGAUGCACCAAAUCACUCUUAUGCACCUCUAUUUCCUGUUGCCUGUUGGCAUCUUUCUAGCUUGAAAAAAUUGAAAGGACAGAUAUGACAGCAGAAUGUAAUGUGCAAUGACCUCCGAGCCUUCUCUCAAAGUAAAACAUGUUUGCCGUUAGAAAAGCGUAUUAUUUUAUGCUCCAAAUUAAGUCCUGUAUUACACUUGGAGAAAUACAAGAUGACAUAGCAAGUGAGGUGCUGACCUUGUUAGUUUUUCUUUGUCAUCUGGCAGUUUUUCAGAAACUAUCACUGUAUUCAUUAUUUGUUCUCUAUUUAAAUUAGUUCUUGCUGUCACAUUUCGGUUGGUAAUGUUGUCUUUAGAAUUUUAAACCACAUUUAAAAUGUAUCUUAGGGUAAGAAUAUAUAAUCAACCAAUCACUAUUCAUGAUAAAGCAUUCAGAGAUGGAUAAAUUAAUACUAUGUGAAGAGUCUCUAGUUUUAUAAUUUCAAAUUAAUUCAUAGCCUGAAUUAUUUUUUGAUUACUAAAGCAUUGAUAAUUUAAUAAACCUUUCUGAGUUCUAGCAAGAAUUCCAAAUUAAUGUUAGAAGUUGCAGUUCAGGCCUCAGUGAAGUUGUCCAGCACUGCUGCAGUAACUUCACCUCAGUUAAAUUAAAUAUAGAGUGAUCUUUAUCUUGGUUCCUGUAGAGAAGUGAACUCUACACUUAAGCCUUGUGAGGCAGACCCUAUAGGGGUGACUUUUGUUCUGCACAGUGCAAGAGUAGCUUCCCCCAUUGUCCUGUGUCUCCUCCUGACUUCAGAGGACAUUACAGUUUAUUACUGGCACUGGGAGAAAGGAUCAGUCGAUGCUGGGAGACCUCUUGACUCUGCAGGGGUAAUACUGCACACAAGGGGACAGAACUCGGAAGUUUUAUCCUUGCUGACCUUUUUUUGUGGCCUUUGGUGGCCUCUGUGCCUCAUUUUCUUUCUGGAUUGAGUCUUUUGUCUCUGGAUCUUCUAAGUCUCCUUUGAAGCAGGAAUGUUAUUUUACUAUAUGUUCAGCACAGAGAGGCCCCCAGUCCCAGUGGGGUUACUCAGGGGCUUUUGUGUAACCUGUAACGAUGCUCUGCAUUGUAAAAAAGGCAAAGCAAACAAACCCAGAGAGGAGAAUGUGCUUCUGGUUGGAAGGCAGCUUUGCACAUAAAUAUCUGUUUGACUUCAGGAAACUGCAGUUUGUUACAAAAGAAAUGUUUAGCCACAGCCUUCCACACACUUCCAGAUUUUCAGUUUUUCUUUUCUUCCUCCCUGCAUCUAAAUGGUUCAGGAAAAUGCCUUUUCCAAAUGAGUAUUUUGCUAUUUUAACAAAAGUAGUUGGUCCUAGGACUUUUGUGGAGCUAACUUUAGAGGCAGGCUGCUUGCAUUCUAUUCAAACCUCUUGGAUUUGAUGGCAAGACUCUUAGAGCUUUAUAAUCUCCUGAAAUUGUGCUUGGUGGGCUUUACCUUUACAUCGCUCUACCAGUUUGUCUUCAGAGCUCUGUUAGUCUGUUUGCAUCUUUGAAGAGCUAUUCUACAGCAUACUGUUUGCUAGGAGUUUUGAUUCAUUUAGCACUUCUUGUCUCCCACCAGAUUGAUUUACAGACAUGGUUUGGUAUGUGUUGCUGCUUGCUGUUUUCAGAAAUGUCAUGUUGGCAACAAAAUGCUGCAGUUUCCUAACUAUGGUAGUUAAACCAAUCCAUGAACCUUUUAAAAAUUGAAUUUUAUCUCAUAGAGGCUUAUUACUCUAUGAGGAAUAAAUUACUUCUUUGUAACAUUUUCUGUUAAGAUGUUCUUCCUUUAGCUUUCUGAUUAUUCAUCAGGUUGUCAAACUUCUCCUGUUGCCAUAUUUAUCCUUUUGUUUUAAAUACUUCAUAAGUUCUGAUUGAUUUGCCAAACUUUCCUAGUUUGGAAGAGAGCAAGUUUGGGAGCUCUGAAACAGUUGCUACAAUACAAUACCAUAAGAAAAUCCUGUGGUAUUCAAUACAAAUUCAAAUAAAAAUUGGCUGGAAACAUUAAUUUUCUGCUAAAAGCUGCUACAUAAAAUUCUCAGGGAUCUCGCAUAAAUGUUUAAUUCCUACAAACAAAGCCCUGAGCAGACACUUUAUCUGACUCAUUCAAAGUUAAAAAAAGAAUUAGUGCUCUCUUUGGAGUGAACCUGCAGGAGUUUGGAGAGUUGCACUGUUAAUGUGAUUGAUUUUUAUGUCAAGGAUAAAUUUUUCCUUCAACAUCCAAGUGCAAAGGUUCACACGCCUGCAUGGAAUAACUAAUAAGUGUGUGUGAUUUCAAAGUCUUCAGCAGGCAAAGGAGCAGAGUGUUUCCAUACAAAAAUGCCUGUUUUGUUUCUCUGGAGAGCAAGAGGCCUGGUGUGGACUCUGUCAGAGGGAAACUGUAUUAGGCUUUAUUUCAGGAUCCUGUCAGAUGGGUUUGUGUGAUGGGGCUGCACAGCUUUUCCCUCUCCAGGAUCUCUGGAUGCUGUGGCCUGAUCUGCAUUUGGACAGUCUUUUGCAGGCACUCCUUGGGAUGUGGCACUUCAGUCAUCUUGUAAAAUCACAGUUAUAGAUAUUGGCUCAUUCACAGUGCCUCAAAAGCAGCCAGCCCUGUUAAAACUGUACCUUGUAAAGUCUGGGAGUGGUGGGGAGCCCAUCAGAAUUCCACCUGUGUGCCUUGGGCAGCAGUGCCAGCAGGCUCUCAGUGAGCCCAGUGCUGCUGCUCCCAGGAGCUGCAGCAGUGGGACACCUACCCACAGGGUCAGGCAGCUGAGCAUCACAUCCUCAGCAGCUCUGCUCAGGCAGGGGGCUCCUUGGGCCAUGUGCUUCCAGGGAAGAACAGGCAUUAAACACUGUCUCAUGUGCAUGUGUGUGAGCAGAGAGAACAAAAGCUUUGGAAAAAUAAAGAAAUAUGCUUUUUUCUGCCCAAGCAUUCUAGGCAUGAAUGAAUGGAAAAAUAAAUUAACUGGGCUUUGAUAGCAAUGGGGGUAGCCUCUGUCUUCAUCUGCAUAUUUAUUUUCACCAGUCUCAUCUGAAGUGAACAGGUUGUGUGUCCUGCACAACUGCAGGUUUCACUUGUACUCUCCUGCACAUGUCCUCUGGUCAUUGCAAGCAGUUUCUGACUUGCAGUAAUGAGUAGGUGUGAGCUAUCAUUGUGUUGGUGUUGAUUUCUCAGGUGCAGCAGACUUGUGUGUAAGGUGAUGAUCCUGAGCCCCCAAAUUAGGAUGUACUGCUCUUGCUCCUUACUGUGUUGUUUGGAAGUACUUUCAACCUUGCUUACCUGCCUAAAAUCUGUUUCACACGGUACGGAUUAGUGUGACAGAAGCCUUCCGUGCUGCUGCUUAGGUAACAGAAAGAUGAACACUUAAUGACAAGGCAAGAGUUUUAUUGGGUGUAGGGGAGCUGUUCUGUGCUAGAACAUAGCUGUUUCACCUGCCUGUUGGGGUUUCUCAUACAGGUUUUCACUGCAAAUCUAAUUCAUGCAUGGCUGAAAGUCUUGUGCAGAGGGAUUCUAAAUGCUAUUCAGAGGAUUCCCUGAGGAAGUCUGACAAACACAGCAGCAAUAUAGGUUAUUGCAUGUUCAUUGCAUGUUUGUAUGCCUUUUUUUUUUUAAGAGAAUUUAAUGUGUCCUACAAUGCAGAUUUUGAAAUUCUGAUCUUUUGGAUAAGGUAGCAGAGGUAUUGUGAAUGAAAACUGUGUUGGGUACAGCAAGGACUGCGGGUUCCUAGCACUUGAAAUGAUUGAUGGAAGGAGACGAGCAGAAAAGCAAACAGCAGAGGAUUAUGUUUCAGGGCAGAGCUUAAGCUUUCAGGAAGAGAAAGAUUUUAUUUUUGCUGAAGUGCCUGUCAUGGAGAUGAUGCUAGCAUUGGGUGCUUCACUGUGUUCUGCCAGCCCCUGCAGACCGGUAGAUGCUCACGAAGAGGAGCUCCCAUCUGUGCUUCCUGUAAAGAUCUUUCUCAGCUUUCCACUUUUAAACUUACUAUCUCUACCUCUUCCUCCCUUUCCCUGGCUGUUAUCACUGUUCCUCAUCUUGUAACCAUUCUUGGUUUUUCUCUUUGCCCCUGUGAAUCCCAGCUGUGUGUGCUGUACUCUCACUGCUGCGGCGCUUCCUCUUUGGGUUUCUGCACGGCCAGCUCUGCUGGGUGCUCGUGGCACCCUGUGCCUGAGGCCAGGCCAUGGCUGAGCCAGUUCCUGUUUGCUCAGAGUGCUGGGUGGUGGCCACAAAAUGGCACAAAAUAGCCCAGCUGUGGAGCCACCAGUGCUAGCUCCUGCCAUCUGCUGUAGGGGGGAAACUGGGACCAGCAGCACACGAAGUUAGGAUGUUAGGGAAUAAUGUGCCAGGCAAGUUACUGCCACCCCGAGAGGUGACUCUCAAAAGUGCUGCUUGUGGCUUUCAGAGGGGCAGAGUUGUCUCUGGGGAAGUUUCCUAACGUUUGUUGGCAAGAGAACGAAUUCUCGAAACUGGUAAUACUUGCAUAAAUUAACUGCCUGAAUUUUCAGAGGCAGUAAAAUCAACCUUAGUCUGGGUUUCAGCCAGAGUCUUGAGGAAUUUCACAUACAGAUUGUGUGUAGAGUGACAGUGAGUGUAGAAUACCUGACUUCUUAUUUAUUUAUUAACAGAGCAGUUAACAUUGGGAAACACACUUUCAUGUGUGAAAACUCAGUGUAAGUCUUUAAAGAACUAGAGACCAGAAGAGACACUACUUCUCUGCCACCCUCCUAGCACUGUUGUCAUCUUGUUCUAUCCCAUCCCUUACAAUAUAGUCUGAAUACAUAAGAGCUGGUAGUGACUAUACAUGUGGGAUAAUGUGGGCAUUAGAGUAAAUUCUUUAUCUCCUAAAGUGAAAGCAUAGAAAACAUAGAAAUUUUAUCUAGAAUUUUCAUAGAACUAAAUUCAAAUUUUCCAACUUCUGUUUGAUAUUAAGAAUUAUGGUUAAUUUCAAAGCAUCAGAUGUUCUUUGUGCUGGAAGAUCCAUUUUCUGUCCCUGUCUGCAACAAUAGUUGAGCAGAUACUUGAACUCUUAACAGUAGUGUCUGGAGUUUUGUUUUACAGUUUUAGUGUGUGGAAAGGUGUAAGACAAUGUCUGUGUUUUUACCAAAUGGAAAGAAUUUCAUCAGGAAAUGUCUCCACUCCAAAUGCAUCCAGGUUUUCUUUACUGCAAUCAAUACAGUUAUUCAUGGAUUUCUCCUCCCAGCUCUCUCGUGGCUAUAUUUAACAUAUGUCAUUGUACUGCCCUACAUCGUUUUAAGAAAGUUGUGAUUGUUGUGCAGAUGUGUGCUGCAGUGAGGCCAGGGCUCAACGCAGCCAGGGUGCUGUAGAAGUGUCUCCUGCUCCUGUAAACAUGAGCAGGGUUGCUCUGUGUGUUGGGUUUUGCUGAGGGCUGGUUUACAUUUCUGUAGUGGCUGAAGUUGGCCAGCUCAGAACAUCAUCCAUGGUGUACAUUCAGCACCUCACAGCUUUGCAUAAAUAAUUGCUCAGAUAAUCUGUGUAGUGCUGAAAAUUUGCUGCUGCCUAUGGCAUUAUAUAUCUGCUUGUUUUGAUGGUGUGUCCUCUGUUGGCAGAACAGAUUUAUUUUAUUUUUCAGGAAUUUUGAGUGUUCUGAAAUGAAAUGACUUUUUCUUUUAAAGGUCAGUGGUUACACAGGCACAAUUAGGAGCAUCUUGGCUGUUUUUAUUGACAAGGAUGAGCCAACAUCACAUAUGAGAAGCAAAUACUGUAUUUUAUUUUAUUUUUUUCUCUCAUUCACCUGCUGUUUCCAAUUGAUUUUCUGUUGAAAUGUGAUGCUAGGCAGUCAAAAUGCAUCAUUUAAAGGAAAGACUGCUCCCAAGCUGAGCUUUGGGAUUUUUGGGGUACAUAUGUGGAACCCACUUCAUUAUAGGUGCAACUACCCACAAUUUUCAAGACCUUCAAUGGAGUGCAGAUCUCUGGCACCAUCCAGAGGGCAUUUGCCAUUUUUUACUUGAGUCCCAGUUGAAUAUUUGUUAACACCUGUAAUUUUGAAGUGUGUUUGACACUUAGGCAUGCAGAUGCCACUAGUUUUGAGUGAAGUUGGCUCCUUUUGGAAACCUCAGCUGUGUGUCCUUCAGUGGGACAGUUCCCUUCAUUGGGACCACCAUUGCUUCCUACUUCCAUCGUGUUGGGAUGCCCUUGUUUCUCAUGUACAAUUUCUAACCUAGUAGCCUGCCAGCAUUACCUGCAAGAAGUUUUGUUGCUCCAUUCUACAAACACAGCAUUUAAACAACAGCAACAGCAAAGUCUGAUGUAUGGCAUGUUUACUCAGGAAAGGCUGCUGUGCAGGGAGCUGGAUGCCUCUCUCUGUAGCUGGGCUUUGGGAUAGGUGUCAGUGUUGGAGUGCCCUGUGGCUGUGCGUCCUGGGGCAAGGCAGGUGCUGAGGACACGGGCCAGGCACCCUGGGGUGGGUGUCAGCUGCAGAGAGCUUGGGCUGGUACCUGUCUGAGAGGCAGCAGGGCUAGAGCUUGGUUCAUUUCCACAACAUUGUUUCAACAGGAUGCAGUUUACUGAGGCAGAGAGCAAGGCCUGGCUGCAAACUCACCUCAAUUAAUACAGUGAAAAUUCCACCCAGCUUUAGGUAGGAAUGAAGUUAAUUUUUUAUUGCUAACUUUUAUCUCCUUACAGUUUUGAUUUAAUGGGCCAAUGAGGAGUAAUGAUUAUAUUAAUUUCAGGUGUAAUUCCUUUAGGGUAAAGCCAAAUUACAUGAUUUUUAAAAAGAAGAUAAAUGCAGAGGUUAUCACAAAAGUAAUUUUUGUCAUUUCAGUUGCUCUGUUGCAGACUGUGGAUUGCAACUUGACAAGAAAAUGGGGUUGCAGCCUUUUUUGAAAUGCUGUCACACCUGUUUUUGUGGUGAGCCUUUGAACUCUGAAAGGGUGAGAGCCCUCCCGCAAAGGAGGUACCCCCAUGAUAUUUUGCUGUAGUAUAAAUUUGAAAUAUCUGAGGGCUUUUUUCCCCAUCAAAUCGUUUUAGAUUGGAUUAGGUUCGAGUAAUCCCCUUGAUAGUAAUACUGGAAAUCUGUAGGAUGAUCUGGUAAAAAGAUUCCUGAUUUUCUUUGACCUCAGUACAAGUGUGGUGCCUUGUAAAUGUGUAUGAAUAUGCUGCCAUGUCUGAUGAGGAAACGAAAGGUAGCCCGAGGCCCCACAAAGGGUUGGUGGCAGACCUAGAAUAAGAAAUCAAGACUUCAUCUCCUGGCAGCCUGAAUCUGCCCUGGUUUGUCUGGAUGUUUCCAUGUUUUAGUUUCAUCAAAGAAGUCAUAUCUCUCUCCAUGUUAUCCACCUGUAGCCAUUGCAGGUGGUCUCAGCAGUCUGGAAAAAUUCACAGUUAUUUGCCAAGUGAAUGGAUAACUGGAGCUGCUGGAUGGCUCUAAAAUGGUGAUGGUGUGUCCGAGAGUUCAGCAGUUCAUUUUGUGUGUGUGCAUGCAUCAUUCAUCUUUGCCAUAACCCAGCUGUGUUUCCCUGGGUUGCCAGGCCUGGUGUCCCAGCCUGGAUGGGGUCAAAGCCCCAAGCCCAUGGCUUGGACUCUUCCACAGGAGAUUCUGCUAGGGACAGCUGCAAGGCGGAGCAGGCCUGCUUUGUAGGAGCUACUCAGUUGGUCAUGUUUUCAACUUGAUCACCCAAACACUAUUAACACUAUUAUCUUAACCCUACCCUCCUUUUUUUAAAAUCAGUUGACUAAGCCUGAAAGUGGAACUAUGACUUUCAUGCUUGAAGUGAUAUGGUUAUUGCAAUAAGGAUUUUAAUAAAUUCACAGCUGGCUGUGGUUUGCAUAGUGAGCAUAAAUUAAGUUCAGUGAGCUCUACUGUGUUACCUCCCUGACAUAAAAGCUACGUCAGGCAGAAAUACUUAAAUACACCCUGCAGAAAUCCCAAACAAGUCCUCUCCUGCUAAGCACUCUGUGUAGGUUGGUUUAAUUUAUUAAUAAGUUGCUUAUCCUUGUUAUUUACUGGUACGUGGGCAGGCUGCUGUUGUGAUUUUCUAAGCUACACAAUUCAAAUUGCUCUUGGCCACAAUUUUCAAUGACAGUGUAUAGAAUAUUUUAAGGACCAUCUGCAUAACCCUGAGCUUGCUUCGUGGUUAAGGUGGCUGUGGUGUGCCAGGUCAUCAGUGACAAGGGGUACCACUGUCUCCCAGCUGUUGGCUGUUGUUGGGAGGAUAUGAAUAAGAACAAGGUAAUUGAUAGUCUGUGAGUGAUCAACUCAGCUCUGCUAUUUUUGUAUGAACCAAAGUAAGGAGCUUUUGCAUUACAUAUUAUGGUGUAGGAGGGCUUUGCUUCUUUUUAGCUGGAGAUAUUUUUAUCACUUUCAGGAUACUCUGUGAUGGCAUACUUCAGACUUCUGCUCGUACUGAUCUUCACACCUGACAGUAAAAAAGACUUGUAAUUUAGGUUGCUUGCUUAACACCACUGUUUUAUUUUGCACGUUUUUUUUUAUUUUUAAGCACUAGACCAAGCAGAAUGGGGUAACUCUUGGUCUGCUGACUAUACUGGCCUUGUCUUUGGUUUCUUUGGGAGCAGAGCAGUGCAGAAUGGCUCUCCUUCCCCACACUCCUGCAUUAGUGAAGAUUGUUUCCAUUCCUGCCCUGAACGUGUCUAGUUACCUUUCACUGCUCUUUGCAACUUGUUCUUGAUGCAGAAGUUGCCCAGAGCUUUGAGCUGUAGGUGCUAUUGUCCAUCCAUUAUCUGCAUGGAAUUUAAGCAUGUCUGAUGUCAGCUCAGAAAUAUUGAAAUAUAUUGUGGUGCAAAAUGUUAAAUGUGGUGUGCCUUGUACAUGCAUCUGCUUCAUAUUGUGAAUUUCAAUGGGCUUGACUGUGUCUAUAUGUCCCUUACAAAGAGCUUGGAAAAUACUAUCCAAAAUGUUAUGGUUACACUAAAACUGUUGGUGGCCUCCUAAAAAUUGAAAAGCAAAUAUCACCUUUGUUUCAUGUAGUGAAAAGAGAAAAAUCUUGGCUAGUAUUUUGCAAGAACUACAGACAAAAUGGUGUGUAAAUGGAGACUGUUCAGCUGGUGUCUCAGGUUAGCCCUGUCUCAGCUGCAUUUUGAGGGCUGGCUCUCUUGGGUAACUGCUAUUUUCAGGAGUCAGUCCCGGCUUCCUUUUGGGUUCAGUCAAGUAACUUUUUUGUCCAAGGAAAGGAAAAGCAAGGCCCUGUAACGUUCAUAACUACUUUUAAAACCUAAUAAUCAUUCUUCGUUUAAUUUGGCCGCCUCCCUCUGCAAUAAUCCCAGGUGUUAAGUGUCCCCCAGGUGUCACGGGUGAGGGCAGCCUGGCAGGAGCCCUGUCUGUGCCCUGAAGCAGGGUGCCUGCUGGCAGCCACACUCAAUGGCCUUCUUUCACCCCUGAGUAAAACUUGGCUGCGAGGCGCCCUUGGAAAGCCACGCUGCCUUGCUGCUGCACGAAGAAAAUUGCUGCUCCUCGGGGAAAUAACAAAGUUAGAGCCCUGGUGCCCAUGGUAUAGGAUGCCAGCACAGUGAGUGUUUGCAUUCUCAGAGCUCUCUGCCUUGCCAUCAACAAGGACUGAUUGUGCAGGACGAAAGGCUUUACCUUCAAGACCUUUCUUGAGUUGCCAUUAGAGUUUAUUCAUUGCCUGAUACUUUUUCUUUUCCUUAGACACCAUCAGCUGGCAUACUUGGCUUUAGAUUGGAAGGAAUUAGUUUGUAGUGGAUUGCUGUAAAGUGAUAUAAUAAUCUCCCUCUUCAGUAAAAGUCUGAUUUAUAUGGCAUUGUUUUCUUCCCAGGAUGUACAUGUGAAAGGAAAGAACAGUCUAAUUGCUUUUACAUACCAUGCAGUAAGAAAGUCGAUUUUGGAAAAAUUAAUACAAAAAGCAAAGUUAUUGACUAGUCAAAUAGAUUUAUAAAGUGUUAAGCAUUUCAAAAAAUGCACUUUUAUUGGCUCCUGAGUAGGUGAUCAACUCAUGUUACUGAAUGUAGAGGUUUCUCUUGAAAUUUCAUUUUUAAUUUUUCAUGAGAAAUUUAGGCUUAAAUCUUUUUUACAGCCUCAAGUUAUUGAAGGCAUAAAGGACUUGCUCUGGUAAAUUCAGAGAAAGGUCUUCACAGUCAUUGUGAUGCAGCAUAGGAAGGAAAAUAAUCCAGUCCAUCUGAAGUUCUGGGAGAGCAUUGGUCAAAAAACCAUUGCAAUGUGUCUCCUGGUAGGAAGGGUGUGCACAUCUUUAAUGGUCACUUACUGCAGAAUCAUGGUUUGAAAUAGAGACUUCCAUAUCUGUGAGUAUAAACAGAAAAAAGAAUUGUAAUCCCAUAAUAGUAUAGAGGCAUUUUGGUUGUGUGGGGGUAGUGCUGAGCACAUCAGUGUUUGAAUGAAUGAGCCCCCGUGUUCAUGGAGAGUAAUGCUUCCUUUCUGCUGCUGUGAAGCACUUAUUAAUUAUGUGUUUCAAACAUUACUUUAUGGUAUUUUUAUCUCCUUAUAGUGAUCUUCUCAUCUGGAUCUUUCAUUACUUCCAGGAAGUCAUGGCCAGGAUUGAUGCAAGCCAGACCACCCUGGCCUCUGCUCCUGUCCUCCUGAGGGCUGUCUGCAGAUUGAACCUCCUAGUCCCUACACCAGCUUGGAGACUCAGGAUGGCUAUUUUUCCCACCGACCGAAAGAGAAAAUGCGAACAGACAGCAAUAAUGAAAAUUCGGUCCCCAAGGACUUUGAAACUAUUGAUAACAGUAACUUUGCUCCCAGGACUCAGAGACAAAAACACCAGUCUGAGCUGGUAAAAAAACCCCUUAGCAAACAAAAGGAGCACUUGAGAAAGAAACUGGAAGAGGAAAAGAUGAAGGAGAACUUGCUGCUGGGGAAGAACUCCAACGAGGUGGUGCAGUUCAGCGAUCACCUGGGCAAAAACAGCAGCAACAGCAACAACCUGAAGGAGAUUGACAGGUUUCCCACACAGCAUCUUUUACAAAAACUUGAGAUCAGCUCCCCUGAACUGAAAUACGACCAACCACCCAAGUGUGAGGUGACGGGCAAGGAGGCAAUCUCGGCCAUGUCUCGUGCCAAGUCCCAGCAGUGCCGCCAGGAGAUCGCGGACAUUUACUGCCAGCACAAGCUUGGGAAGCUGAUGCCGGAGCAGGUGACACGUUUUUGUGCCCUGGAGGGAAAAGCCAACAACAAUGUUCAGUGGGAUGAGGACUCCGUAGAAUACAUGCCAGCCAACCCAGUCAGGAUCGCAUUUGUCUUGGUUGUUCAUGGCAGAGCUUCCCGGCAGCUCCAGCGCAUGUUUAAGGCUAUUUACCAUAAAGACCAUUUUUAUUACAUUCAUGUUGACAAGCGAUCCAAUUACUUGCACCGGCAAGUGCUGCAGUUUGCCAGCCAGUACCCCAAUGUGAGAGUCACCUCCUGGAGAAUGGCCACCAUCUGGGGAGGAGCAAGUCUUCUGACCACCUACCUGCAGACCAUGAAGGACUUAAUGGAGAUGAGUGACUGGCCCUGGGAUUUCUUCAUUAACCUCAGUGCUGCUGACUACCCGAUCAGGACAAACGAUCAGCUCGUGGCAUUCCUGUCCAGAUACCGAGACAUGAACUUCUUGAAAUCACACGGGAGGGACAAUGCAAGAUUUAUCAGAAAGCAGGGGCUGGAUCGGCUCUUCCUGGAGUGUGACACGCACAUGUGGCGCCUGGGGGACCGCAAGAUCCCAGAGGGAAUCACAGUGGACGGAGGGUCGGACUGGUUCCUCCUGAACAGGAAGUUUGUGGAAUAUGUCACUUUUUCCAAUGAUGACCUGGUGACAAAGAUGAAGAGGUUUUACUCUUACACGCUGCUUCCUGCCGAGUCCUUCUUUCACACCGUGCUGGAGAACAGCCCGUUCUGUGACUCCAUGGUGGACAACAACCUGCGCAUCACCAACUGGAACAGGAAGCUGGGCUGCAAGUGUCAGUACAAGCACAUUGUUGACUGGUGUGGCUGCUCACCCAAUGACUUCAAACCAGCUGACUUCCACCGGUUCCAGCAGACUGCCAGGCCAACUUUCUUUGCCCGCAAGUUUGAGGCGGUGGUGAAUCAGGAGAUCAUUGGCCAGCUGGACUAUUACCUGUACGGGAACUACCCGCCGGGCACGCCGGGGCUGCGCUCCUACUGGGAGAACGUGUACGAGGAGCCCGACGGGCUGGGCGCCCUCAGCGACGUGGCCCUCACCAUGUUCCACUCCUUCUCCCGCCUGGGCCUGCGCAGGGCCGAGACCUCCUUCCACGCUGCUGGGGACAACAGCUGCAGAUACUACCCCAUGGGCCACCCAGUUUCCAUCCACCUUUACUUCCUUGCUGACCGCUUCCAAGGCUUCCUGAUCAGGCACCACGCAACCAAUCUGGCUGUCAGCAAACUGGAAACUUUGGAAACGUGGGUGAUGCCCAAGAAAGUCUUCAAGAUUGCAAGUCCACCAAGUGAUUUUGGGAGGUUGCAGUUCUCAGAGAUUGGCACUGAGUGGGAUGCCAAGGAAAGGCUUUUCAGGAAUUUUGGAGGACUCCUUGGGCCAACAGAUGAGCCAGUGGGGAUGCAGAAGUGGGGGAAAGGCCCCAAUGUCACCGUGACUGUCAUUUGGGUGGAUCCCAUUAAUGUAAUUGCAGCAACAUAUGAUAUUCUUAUUGAAUCCAGUGCCGAGUUUACUCACUACAAACCACCUCUGAAUUUGCCCCUGCGACCUGGUGUCUGGACAAUAAAAAUUCUGCACCACUGGGUCCAGGUAGCUGAAACCAAAUUCCUCGUUACUCCUCUCACCUUCUCAAAUCAGCAGCCUAUCAAACAAGAGGAAGCCAUCAAGCUCCACAGCGGGCCUCCAAAGAACGCGUACAUGGAGCAGAGCUUCCAGGGCCUGAACCCCGUGCUGAACAUGCCGGUCAGCGCCGCCCGCGCCGACCAGGCCAAGCGCAACGCGGGGCUCGUGGGCGCCCGCCUGGACGCCUGGGUGGACUCUCUGGUCAGCAGCGUCUGGUCGGCCGUGGACGUCUGCAGCGUGGGGCCCACGGCCUGCCCCGUCCUGCAGGGCUGUGCCCAGACUGCCUGGAGCUCCCUGAGCCCCGACCCCAAGUCCGAGCUGGGCCCCGUCAAGCCCGACGGCCGCCUGAGGUAGCAUCCGCUCCGCUCUGCCCCGGCAUCGGUUUUUAAAAGGGAAUUGAACCUUGCUUCUCUGUGAAUCUCACACCGGGUUUCAGAAACCUAAGGGAAUGUUACAUUUUUUUUGUUACUUAUUGUAAUAGAAUUCAUUUUAAGAAAACAAAACCAAAAGAAAAAAAAAAGUUCUGAAGUUCCGACAAGGCCUUUGGCACUGCCCUCUCCAUCAGCUCUGUUGGGAGCGUGGCCUCAUCCCACAGCCUGUGCUGUCCCGUGGGGACCCGGCCAUUCCAGGUGCCACUGCACCCACCAGCCUGUGGGCUGGGCAACAGUAGCACCAAGCCAUGGGGAGGGCAGUGAAGGAGCAGCUGCUGAAGAGGGUUUUUUUAAAAAUAAAUUUGUCUGUGCCUCUGCUGUUUCAUAGGCUUUCAUUAUUUUGCUAUAAUGAAUAAAUCACAUCAAAAUUCCCUUCUACUUACACUUUCUGGGGAGGUUGGUUCCUGCAGGCUGAAGCCUGUAUGGCCACAUGACCUCAGAGAAUGUGAAGUAAUUAUGGUACAGCCUCACUUGGGUUUUUAAUAACACAAAGUAAUUCUGGACAUAGCUGAUGUCUGUUAUCCUAGUUAGAGAGAAUGAGCAAAAGCAGACACUUUCAGAUACCUUUCAGAGAUUUUUUUCAGACAAAUUUAAUGAUAAGCUCUAAAUGAAACCAGUGUUUUGCUAUAGUAGUCUUUUAUGUCUCAUGCAGACUGGUUCAGGGUCAGUGUACUAAGAGUAUUUAUUAAAAAACCAACAAGUGUUUUGAAUUUCAGCCCUUUCAAAUCUGCAGGCAUUUUUGGAAGCCACCAGUACCUGAGUAUUUUCACAGGCUGCCAGUAGAGCAGGUGUGUAUGUGUAGGCUGGGGUGGUGUGUGAAGUGUCUGCUCACACCCUUUGCUCAUGAGCUGAGCUGAAUUUUUUUCUCAGGCAGUGGAGUUGUAAACCAGUAAAAUAGUAAAACUGGGACCUAAAUCAGCAACAACAGGUUUCUUCCCUAAUUUGAGUAGUGGCUAGUAAGUCUUAACACUAAUUCCUUUCCUUGGUCUCAGAUCUCCAUCUCUUCCUAAAGAAGGAUCCUUCCAGACUUUGCCAGGGCACCUGGAAGGCUGUGCAGGAUGUGGGUCACUGCUCAAAGCCAGGAGAAGGAGAGCACUGCCGUGUUUCUCUGUGCUUUUACUUUAUUCUGCCUUUUUAUACCCUUGCCUGUCUUCAGAAUUCCUAGCAGGCUGCAUCCUGUUUUAAAUAGGCAUGGUUUUGCAUCAUUUCAACCUGCAUUUUCUACAGGAGGGAAAAAUUAAUUUACAUUCCAAUAACUUUUUAAAAUACAGGUUUUAUAUACAGAUUCAUCUCCAACUAAUGUAUUUUACCUUAGCAAAGACAUGCACUUUGUUGCUGUUGCGUGUUAAUCUCUAGUUAGCAACAGAACCAAAAAAGACCAUCAAAAGCCAUUGGGUUAAUUAGGGAAGAAGUCCUGUUGCUGUAAUAAAGGAAGGUAUCUGUUCACCCUUCUGUGUGCAUGGAUAACUUUCUGCUGAGAGCAAAGUGUCCACAUCAGGAGGGAAACAGACCCUUAGAUCAUUCCAUAAUCAUGUCUCACAGGAAGGUUGAAUUCCCUUUUAAACAACACUUGCAGUAGGACUGUAACACACAGAUCCCCGUGGCUUGUAGUAUCUCUGUCGUAUUGGUUUAAAGCUACUUCAGUUUGCUUUGGACUUGAAACUGUGGUGUCAGCUGUGCUGGCAUUGAGGCAGAGCAUUGAAAUGUUUAUCUGGCACAAAAAUGGAUGCAUAGAAGGAACAAUUUAGGUAUUUAUUAUUUAUGUUUUAGUCAAUGACUAAUUAGUAGGUGCUGCUUUUGCAGCUUGAAGAUUAUGUUAUUUUACUAACUGAAGCUGCCUUUAUUAAGAAAAGGCCUUCCUCCCCUCACACCUCCCUUUCUUUUUUUGUCUUGAUUUUGUCAGUCACGAGCAGUAGCUUUAGGAAAGUUUGUAGCAAUGCGAGCUGAUUGGAAUAUUCCAGUCAAGAUAACGUUCCAGCUUUUCAACCAGCUCUAGAGGCAAGUGUGUGUGAAACCAGGGUUGCCAACAGGUUUAUGUAAUAGAAUCACAGUGUUAAUACUUAUUCAGUAGGGGUUUUUAACAGUGCUUGUUUUUAAUGUAACAUUCCUUUGUGAAGUUCAUAUUUUCUGGGGACCUCCAAUCCUCACUGUGAAAUCCAGGGCUUUAGUCACACUGGUGCGAUGGUGACUGCACAGUCCAAGCCCUGCAGAUUAGAUGAAGAAGAUCACAUUUAAGGCACACAAUAAAAUCCAUUAACAAGCCCAGGCAGUGCUUGUUCUCAGUAAGACUCCUGAGGUAGCCACAAAAUCUUCAGUCUGUCUUGCACAUAAGCACAUGUGUAGGGGUGCACCCACGCACACGCAUGCAGAUAACUUAGUUUUUAAAUCUGAUGUUUUUAUGCUUAAGCAGGAAUGUUUUUAAGUGCUUUUUUGUAACUUUUCAUUAACUAGACCAAGCAGAAGGUGACAACAAUCACGUCUUCUGCAGUUAGGAAAAAAGCUGCCGCUUUUAUCAUUUGAAAAAUAAGGUGCAAAUUAUUUUGUUUUAGUACAAAAAAGGGAAAGAAAACAGAUGGUUGCUGAUAUAUCCAUUUGCAUUAUAUGCUAGGUUUAAAAUAUCUCAAAGAAAAUUUAUAUGAGAUUAUUUUCUGAAAGACAAGAAGCAUUUUAACAGUGAAGUUUUGUAGCAAGCUGGCAAUGCCAGUGCUGCUGUUAAAAUUUAGGAUGUGGAGCUGAAGGAGUUGAUCCUGCAGUCCUUUAUCAGGAAAAACUUCCAGAGUGCUAGUGCUAAAAGAGGAUUUCAGAGUCAAGUCCAGCAUAUAUAAAGGGUAUGACAAGAUUUUAGGGAUAAAUGCUGUCUGUUUGAAGUCAUCAAAAGAUAAGCUGCCAUGUUUGGAACAUCUUCUGGGGGCAGUAUCAAGUUUUGGACCUAAACAGCCACCUCUGCUAUAGCUGUUAUCAUGCAGACAUGGAUCCAAAAGACAUAUAUGAGACUCAGUGUCUGAGUUCCAAAGUCCAGUAGUUGUGAAUAAAAAAACAUAUCAAGCCAGACUCUGCAUCAGGGAUCAGAGCUGGCUCCAAGGUGAUGCUGUUAACCCCAACUUUUCCUGCUUAGUGGCUUCUCUGGUUUGAAAUGGCAGCACUGGGAGCCUGGGAUGAACAUUUUCAAUGGUCAGAAGAGAAUAACUUUACAGAUCUUACAUUUGGUGAAAAGGAGAAUUCAGAGCAGGGACCCAGAGUUGGUACAAAACACAAGAGUUAUGCAUCUUCACCUGAAUGUGCAGGUGUUCUUUUCCAGUCACACUGGCCAGUCCUUGCUGAACAGGAUCCCAGCUGGAAGCCUGGCUUGAUCAAAAUUCCUUUCAAAUGGGAGGGGUUUAUAUUUCCAUAUGCACACAUUUAUCCUCUGUUGUGUAAUGCUUUGCUUGUUUAAAUUCCCUGGGCAUUCUGCAUGACAGCCAUGUAACACUCCUGUGAUCAAUCUGUAUUACAUAGAAAGGGAAUGUGGCAAAAUGCAGAGCAUCUACAUAUGUGAUUUAAUGAAUCAUGUCCACAGUCAGGCUCAGCAUUAUGCAAACCUGUUUAUAUGGUAAUGUUAAACCCCAAGGCUAAACGAAAUAGCUCAAAUGACAGUUUAUUUUCACAUUUGUCCAAUUCUUUCUUUGAUGACAUUUGGACAUUGAGUAGUAAUAUUUGCAUUUUCAUUUUCUGAUAUUGAAGGGGGUUUUUUUUAGAAUUAAAAUUAUGUCUUCAUUUUUUGUGCUCUCAGCAAGCGGAGAAUUUUAACAAUUCCUUCAUGAUAGCAAGUGUUAUACAAGAAAGUCCCUCUGUAUCUCUGUUGUUAAGCCUUCAUUAUUGCUAAGCCUAGAGAUACAGGAAUGUGCAUUCGUGUGUUACAAAUUGACUUUCCUGGGUACUGGCUUCAGUGCACAAUGCCUGUACAGUUGUUUAAUGGUGUAUUAACAGUGAUCCUGCAGCACCUUCAAAAGUACCAACUAAUGUGCAUUCACUUUCCCUCCAUCUCCUGCAGCACUAAUUGCCAUCCUAAUGAGGCCUCCAUCACUCUUAGCCAUGAUUAUAGUGAGCACAGUAGUGAAGUGAAUCAGAAUGGGGAUAGUGUAACCCUGACCUAAGGGAGAGAGAAAGGGUAGAGAAGAUGCUGAAACUUUGCAAAAGUUUGACACAAUUGCUUUUCAACAAACCUUUGAACAAACUGGGCUCCUUCUGCACAGCAAGGCUAAAAACCAUUGAUGCCCUGAGAUCUCAGCUUUGAUAAACAAGAUAGACAAGAUCCAGAUAAACAAGAUCCAGAUGUUACUUGUGGCCUGGCAAUGAGGACCAGCUUUCUGUUGAUUUCUCUAGUUCUCUUUCAUCAGAGAAUUGCCAUCUUGCCACUGGCUCACAGUCCCUCCUUGUUGUCUUCCCAGCUCCCAAAGCUUCAGGAGUUGGCCACAUGAAACCUUGGCCAACUCCAGCACUUUCCAUAGAGCAGGAAGUUUUAUACUUGACUGAGCUAAAUCCCCAUGGCUUCCUCAGAAACCCAGCUGCAGAUGAGGAAAGUUUGCUUUCCAGAGCAGCCUUCAGUCAGUGCAGUACUUGCACAGGAAGGAGUUGGUGGAAGCCAGCAGUUACCUUGUCCUGAUUUUCAGGCCAGGGAAUCUAAUAUAUGUAAGAGGAGAGUUGGUUAUUUGAUAUUGCAGUAACAGAAUAAGACAGACCCGGUGGGACGUGGUUUGCAACCUUUCUCACUGGCCUUUGCUUCAGUCCAGUUGUGAAAAGAUAACGAUUCAUAUGUGUCUUUAUUUCUACCAUUCAAAACCUCCAGUGUAGUCUUAAGGACUAGUAGGGCUUAAGCCCAUAUUAAAUGACAAUUGAAAACAUCAUGUAAGAAAGCCUUUCCAAACCAAACCCUCAGGCUUCUGGCAAGGCAGCUCCAGGGAUGAUGCUGACAGAGAGCGUAGGGAGCGAUGUUACAGAGGACAGAGCACUGCCCAUUCAGAGGCCCAGGAGGAGUUCCUGAGAGCAGGAAUACCUGCUGCUGAGCCCUGAGGGCAGCUGCUGCUGCAGCCAGGCACAGAGGAGCCAAAGAAAUAAUGUGAAUUAGGAUUGAGGACAGCAAGGAAGAAUUUGUAGGACAGCACAUUUUCCUGCAGAAUCUUCAAAGGCAAGCAAACACUGCUUGGUAAUUCCUGACGAAGGUGUAUUGCAGAAGAGAUUGACCUUCAAAACCUUCACCCCCAUCAUCACAGUAAGGGAAAGAAUAAUCAGGCUGAGAGCAUUUAGAAGUGAGGCUACAAGGCCUUACAGCCUGUGCUACCCAGGGCCAGGGCAGCAUUAGCUGUCUCAGCUACGUGUGGCGCUGGGAGCAGUUACCCUCAUGAUGUGACACUGCAGGUACCACCUUGAUUCCGUUCCUUCUUACUAACAGUAGUGUGUUGAUCACUCUGCUCUUUGCUUCUGCCUUGGUUACCUUCUUUUGCUCAUGGGUGCUACCACAGCUGCUACCUCACUGUGUCUGCAAACAUGUUUACCUGAGAACAACAAAAAAGGUACCAGAAAUCUCCUUGAACUGAAUGUACAAUCUAUGCAAAUUCUCUUUCUACGUUGUUGCAACCUAGAAGUAUUACUUGUAACCUUGCCAAAUAAACAGCAAGAUACUGUACAGGUGCCUCUGAUACCAGAGUGACAAUUCUAGGCGCGGUUCAUGGCGCUGCAUUUGUAUAUUGUAAUGACUCUGCUUGUCUUUGGUUCUGUUGUAAUUAACACCCUUGACUGAGACAAUAGCACUCCUGCUAAGGGAGCACCUUCAGUUUGCUGGGAAUAUUCCAGAGGAGGAUGUCUAUGGCAUUUCAUUUUAUUUUCCUGCUUAGAUCCAAAAAAAGGCACAGACCUGCUGGCCUAAACUAGGGUGUUGUUUCAGCUUUUCUGUGGAUGAAUCCUAUCAGCUUAGAAUCGCUCGGUGUCUGUUCCCAUUGUGGCAUCCAGUGUGUUGCCCCUUAAAGAAAGCCUUACUUCCAUCCUUUCUAAAUGUGGCCUUAAACUGUGUUAGGAACUUUGGUGUUGUCUGUGUCUUGCUCACUUUCUCUGUUUGUUGUGGAAUGAAUAAAAGGCACCUUGAGAUUUCUAUUACAGCUCAGUUGUGUUGCUGUCAGCUUACACUUCACAAAUACAAUGGAAAUUGCUUACAAAUGCAGUCUUUAAGGAAAGAAAAUGACCUUCCCUUCGGGCAAAAGGAAGUCUCAGACAUUCAUAUAAACCUUAGGAAAUUAUGAGCUCUGUUUCUUGCAAGUCACUGUAGAUAAGGAACUUGGUUUAAUUACAUACAAAGUACAAACUUAGUAACUUCUAAUUUAUCUUCAGACUACAACAGGACAGACUGCUCUCAGAUGCACAAGACAAAUUGUAGAGUAAUUUCACUCAUUUUAACAUGCUAUAGUAGCAUUCCUCUCAGAUUUGUACUGGCAGCUGGGAGAAGAAACAUCCUCUUAAUGGUAUGGUCUUAAAAUCUGAGGAACGUCACCUCAUAGGGCCAGGUUGUGGGUGUUGGUUGGGAAUCUAACAGUACAUUUAGAACGUGGUGGUUUUGUCUAAGUCAUAAAUGCAUUUCCGAAAAUCUGGCUUUUGGAGCUUCUUUCAAAGGUUGUCAAAGCCAGCAGAAAGCAAUGACUUCUGCUAAGGCUUGUAUAUCUUGGGUUUCUUUAGUACUUUCCUCCAUGAGAACUGUAAUGUUUCAGUGAGUAGCACCAAUAUUCCCAGCAGGCUGCAGUGCUUUUAGGAAUCCCAAAUCCUGUCCUAUGUUGGUAUUCGUAUGUGGAUACAACCCAAAGGCAACUGAAGAGGGUUUACAUAUAAAACAAGAUUUGUUUUGAAACUAAAAUAAUUAUUCAAUGUAAUGAAAUUAUUUUUCUGACUUUGUCCUUUUGGUUCUGUUUUGGUUUGAUUGGAUUUUUCUAUUGCCUAACAUAGUCCAUAAUAAGUUAUUCCUAUUCUGCCAUUUUCAAAGACUGGUGGUGAUAUAGUUUUAAGAAAUAACUAUUUUGUUAUAGAUCAUGAUAUGCAUAAAAUUGUACAGAAAUAUUUUGUAAUCUAUUGAAUAAGAAAAAAGAAAACCGUGUAUAUACAGGGGAAAAAAAGUUUAAAAAAAUUGGAGAUUCAAAUGGAACACACUGAAAGAUGUAGAUAUUUUGCUAUUUAUUUAAAGGAGUAUUUUAUGAGAUAUUGAAAUGUCUUAAAUUGACCAGUAAUCAAAGUUCAAAGUCAGAAUGCUUUUCUUGUAGUAGAAUGUGAUUUUCAGCAAUUAUUGCACUACCCGUUUUUGCACCCUUUUGUCUUUCAUUUAGCAGAAACAAUGUGCCUUAGCUGUAUUCUUUGUCAAUGGGAGUUUGGUUGUUUGUCCGACAAAGCAAAUUUUUUUGCAGAAAAAGAAAUGGAUGUAUGAAAUACUGUAUUAUACCAAAAACACUGCAGUGUAUAUAAUGCUUUCUGUCAUACGGUGUUUUCAGAUGCAGAGUUUUAAAAUAAAAAAAAAAAGGCUGUCUUUAGGAGCA